UAGACAAGUUGUGUACUCUUAGACAAUUUCAGUUUUGUCUUAUCUGAAAAGUUGAAGUAGUAUAUGUAUAUCCUUUGAUAACUUCAAUGAAUUAUAAUCAAUUACAAGAACGGAUAAAUUUAUUAUAUAUUGCUGAAAUCAUGUGGGAUAGACAACUUUAAGAGUGAAGUCGGGUGGGAUAGAUGACUUUAAAGAUGAAGAUGUAUUGGGAUAGACGACUUCACCUUUAAAGUCAUCAACAUAAUCGAUUACCUGUUCUUAUAAUCAAUUACAAUUCAUUGAAUCAUUGAAGUAGUUUAGGAGUGCUGUUCUCAUAAUCUUGAAUCAUUGAAGUAGUUUAGGAGUGCUGUUCUCAUAAUCGAUUACAAUUCAUUAAAAUAGUUUAGGAGUGCAUGACUUUAACAGUUCAGGUGCAAGAAAUUGUUGGAGGUUUACACGACUUGUUAAUUUUCAUAAUUUUCUUAAAAUAUACCUAUUCUGAUAAUAUAGAAGAUAAAUUUGCCUAUUUUCCAAAAAGAACAGGAAGAAAUGUCUUCGAGAAUUGUAGUGAUAGUUUUUGAAGAAAAGAUACAGAAUUCUUCCCAAAAUUGGUUGAUCUGGUGGUGAUGUCAGAAAUUUCAAUUCCUUGCAGCCAACUUUGGCACACCCAGAAUUAACUACGAAAAAUAUCAGCAUUUUGGUAAUUCCAUUUCAUGUUGUUUGUUUAUGAAAGUUAUAUAUUUUUGCAAACCGGAGGCGUGAACGUGAACAGUCAAAAUAACUGAAGUAGGAAGAAGGACAUAAAAGGAACGAAUUACAAUUUGGUAUUUUUGAUGCCACCUACCAAAUAUUUCGUGUUUGUUCCCAUGGAAAACUUAUUGAUACGUAAAAUUUAUUUAUAAAAUCUCACACAGUAAAACAAAUGUUUUUGUUUUCUAUUUGAUGAAAAUCACGAGUUAUGGCAUACUGAAGUUUUAUGGUAUAUUUAAAAGUUUACCAAGACAUAUCAUAUAUUGUCCAAGUGGAAAACAAAACAUAAUCAGUCAGUAAUUUAAAUCCAAGUUUCGAAGAAAGUUAUGUCCCACACUCAAGGGCCAUCUCGAAAUUACGUGUACUUCUCAGUAGAAACCAACGCCAAAAGUGAACUGCAGCUUGAACAUUGCAUUCAGUCUUCGAUAACCGAUAUACUAUGACAAAUAUCUCAUAUAAAGAUAUUCUAGCACAGGGUAGAAGCAAAAGGAAUCGCAGAUAGAAUUAUAAAAAUGACCAACCAGGAAAUAAAAAUGAAAAGUAGCUGAACAAACAAAAACAAGAAGACAAUAAUUUCCUUAAAUUUAGUGAAUUUGAUUAAAUAAUUGAAAAGAAAAAGAAUACAGAGGAUGCUGAUAGUUCACAGGCACAUGGAUUGCUGAUAUCGUCACUUUAUCGUGGAACACCACAAUAAGUUCAAGGAAAGAGAAAAACUUAAGUUGUUGGAGUUUGACUAUUCCUUGACCACUGGUUGCUUGAAAAACGAUUCAAAAAUUAUCUAAAUAAUAGUAUAGAUUAGUUCAACAACUGUUAGAGUUUAAUAGCAAAUAGCUAUGAACAUUCAAUAGCAGAAUCUUUAUUAUUCUCCUGCUACGUGAGAGUCGGUAAGUGCUGUGAAUGCCUGUAAAUGGAAUACGGAACUUGAUUUGUGCUGUGCAUGUGUAUCAAACAGACACCAGAAAAUAUUUAAAUAGGAUUUAUAUAUUUUAGCAUUCUUUCAUGCACAUGGAAGGAAGUUAUAUAUCAGUGCCACCUAAAUUUUAUUAUGUUCUUGUAUAUUAAUUCUGACAAAGAAGUAUAGUUCUAUUUCAUUCUUAUUAUUUAUAUCUUUGAGUUUGAAGCACUUCUGAAAAGAAACAAAGCUGAUAUAUACAUCUACACAGUGACGGUAAAAUCAACCAAAAAUUAUUCUAUUUUUAGCAAACAAUAUUUUCAUUCUUAUAUACACUUACUGUGUCCUUGGUUCCAUCAUCUUACAGAAAAUGUAUGGAUUCUGCGAGGAAGGUUCUGUUUACUUAUCCUGUGGAAUUUCUACUCUUACCCAGUGAAAAUGUUAGGUCCGAGACUUUAUUACAUCACUAUUCGACAAGUGUGUCGUUAUCCUAUGUUUCCAACCAACGUACAUUUCCCAUACACUCACCCGUCCGAUUUUCAUCAACGCUUCAGAUUCGCUGCGAUGUUUCUCCUGGAGAAAAGCAGAAAGGAUGAAGCUUCGGUGCGGGGACUUGGAAAUUCGAUCGAAAAGCAAAGGAACUGGGUAGUUGCUGCUAUAAUUCGCCCUCCGAUCUAAAAUUCAUAGCAAAAGUUUCUAGAUUUUGCUAUCUGGAUUUGCUUUGCGCUUAACCUUACUAGAAGAACGAUGGCUCAGAACAGUGUUGUGAACGGAAUUAGGGCGAUGCUGGAGGGGGCAGAGGCUGCCGUAACUGAGGAGUGUUGCAUCUACAGAGUGCCCUCUGAUAUCCGCAAACUCAACGAAGAGGCGUACACCCCAAAGGUUGUUUCUAUAGGCCCUUUUCACCACAAUAGCCCUCACCUCCAGAACAUGGAAAGACACAAACUCAUUUACUGCAAGGCUUUUCUUGAACGAUACCAAAUAAGUUUGGAGAGCUGGAUCCACUACAUAGAAAGGGUGGAGCCCGAAUUUCGAAGUUGUUACUCAGAGACCCUUCACUUCACCAAGGAGGAACUGGUGAGGAUCAUCUUUGUGGAUUGUGGUUUUAUAUUUGAGCUGUUUUGGUGUAUCUUUUAUGAAGAAUGGUUGGGGAAGAAUAUCAGCUUUCUCAUGAAACAUUUGUUAGCUACUAAUAUAAGAUUAGAUCUGUUGCUGCUUGAGAACCAACUUCCCUUUUUUGUUCUUGAAAACCUCUUCAAUCUCUCCUGCCCCUCUGCACCUGCCGCUGCUCCUAACAGAAAGAUCCCUUCAUUUCUUGAGUUAACCUUUGACUAUUUUAUCUAUUACAAUAGAUCCAAAUUGACAUCUCAAAAUAUUCGCAUAAUGCACUUCACGGAUCUCAUCAGAAUAUUUCACUUGCAAUACCCUUUGCAACACCCUUUGCAACACCGGGUUCAGACUGAUGAAACAAUAAUACAUCUUCCUAGUGCUACUGAGUUGUCAGAGGCAGGUGUGGAGUUUAAGGUGAACACGCAAAGUGACUGCUUACUAGACUUGAAAUUUUCUGGACGGGUUCUUCAAAUACCGCAGUUGAAAGUGGAAGAUUGGACUGAACGUUUGUUCCGCAAUAUGGUGGCUUUGGAGCAGUGUUACUAUCCUGAACAAUCCUAUAUUACAGAUUAUGUUGCUAUAUUAGACUUCCUUGUAAACACCAGCAGAGAUGUGGAUUUACUUGUUCGAAAGAGAGUGCUGGUGAACUGGCUAGGGGAGAGUGAUUCUGUGGCUAGCAUGUUUAAUGGUCUUUGGAAAAACAUCACACAUAUAAAUUUCAAUUACCAGUACUUUCUUCUCUGCAAAGACUUGAAUGCUUUUUGUAGAAACCCUUUUAAUAAAAUGAAGUCCACUCUGAGGCGAGAUUAUUGUAACACUCCUUGGCAAACUGCUGUUUCCAUUGCUGGAAUUGUUCUCCUUUUUCUCUCUUUAGUUGAAGCAGUUUGUUCUAUCUUGCAAACAGUUCGGCCAUAGAAUAUGUUGAGUCAUUUUCUCUGGAAAUGUUUGGAUGGUUUUCUUAUCUAGAUGUUGUAACAGAUUGAUUUAAUCUUUUGAUGAUUUCUUCAUCACGAUUGGGAUGAUGGAUAUGCAUGAAGUUCAGUGCUCUUCUACCAGACUGUGCUGCAAACUAUGAUUUAAUGAUGCUAAUUCUCUCA